AUGUUCAACUUGAAGAAGCUUAACGCUUACUACGUGCUCACAAUUAUCAUCAUAGCCGCCGGAGGAAUACCGAAAGGCUACGAUGAAGGCGGAUUCAGUGCCUCCAUCGAUUUGGCUUCGUUCAAGAAAGACUUCAAUCUCAUUGCCGAGCACUGGGAAGACGAUCCCAGUGGUCUCGCCGAUCGCAAAGCAAAUAUAUCCUCAUUUGGUGUGCUGGGAGCAGGAUUUGGUUCGUUGCUGGCCUUGGUAAUUACAGACAGACUUGGUCGCCUGCGAUCAUGGCAACUAUUCAUAUUACUCUGGGCUAGUGGGACAUUGAUGCAAAUUUUUUCCUCUGGCAUCAUAGGUCUGAUGCUUUUUGCACGGAUCUGGGGAGGUCUCGGUGCGGGUGGCCUGACUGUCGUCGCACCGCUAUAUCUCUCUGAAAUUGCACUAGCGAAGUCCAGAGGAACUGUUGUCAGCAUGUACAUGGUAGUUUUGCUUUCGUUCCUUACAAUUGGCUUCUUCGUCAACUAUGGUGUCAACUCUACGAUGGCGCUCAGUGCGGCCCAGUACCGUCUCGUACAGGGAAUCCCUCUUAUCCCCGUCGGUGUCGCGUUCCUCAGCUCGUUUUUCUUAUCAGACACUCCUCGAUGGCUCGCAUCAAAAGAAAGAGAUGAAGAGGCACUAGCAGCCCUCACACUUCUUAGACGUUCAUCCCCGGACGAUGCCUUGGCUGUGUCGCAUGAGUACCGAGACAUCAAAGAGCAGAUACAGAUGACGGACCAAAAUGUCGGCGACGUUUCAACUUUGACAAUCUUCAAAGAGAUCGCAACAUCUGAAAGUUAUCGAAAACGGUUUAUACUAGGUGCACUCAUGCAAACAGUUGCCCAGUGGAGCGGGGGCAACGGCAUCACUUACUACAUCCCUGAGAUCUUUACCUACGCAGGAGUAGCUGGAGGCAAUACCUCGCUCAUAACCUCGGGCGCUUAUGGCAUCGUCAAACUAGUCUUUACCAUGGUCUUCACAUGGGGACUCGUUGAUAAAAUUGGCCGACGACGCUGCAUGUUAACUGGAAUUGGCCUACAGUGCAUAACCCACAUCUACAUGUCCAUCUACAUGUCCGUGUUCCAAGACGGAGGGAAUAAACCUGCAUCCGAUGCAGCCAUUGCCUCGGUCUUCAUCUACGCCGUCGGCUGGUCGAUCGGUCUAUGCACAGUUCAGUACCUAUACGGCACAGAAAUCUACCCGACACGCAUUCGCAGCGUUUGCUAUGCGAGCAAUAUGGCUUUACACUGGUUCUUUCAGUUUGCUGUGGUGCGGGUAACGCCCAAUAUGUUUGUUUCGCUGGAUAUAUACGGUGCAUACAUAUUCUGGUCGAUAGUUUGUGCGAUUGGGCUCAUAUUGCUGGGGUUGAUGGCACCGGAAACCAAGGGAAUUCCGAUGGAAAGAAUGGAGGAGCUAUUCGCUGGACGGUGGUGGAUGGGUUGGAAGGCUAAGGUUGAUUUGACGGAAUUACCUUGUGGAGAUGCUGAAAAGCCUGGAACAACAGUCGUGGAGAAGGUCUGA